AUGGCGUCAAACCAGUCAAGCGUCAAUUUAUUAGACUCUCUUUCCGGAGAAUCGACGGCCCCCGGUAAACGUCAGGGAAGCUACCUAGAAGCCUCGGACAGGGAGUCCAUCUUCAAGAAACAUGCCUUUCCCGAGCACAUAGUCGACCUCGGCGAGGUGCGCAUGAAUUACGCCGUGGUGGGUUUGGACUCCAAUCCGGCUAUCCUGCUCAUUCCGGCCCAGGCUGAAUCAUGGUGGGGAUACGAGGAAGUCAUGCGCCUGCUGUCAGAGUCGUACCAGGUCUACGCGGUUGACCUCCGCGGCCAGGGCAGAUCGACAUGGACGCCCGGCCGGUACAGCCUGGACAACUUUGGCAACGACCUGGUCAGAUUCAUCGACCUCGUCAUCAAGCGCCCCGUCAUCGUCAGCGGCCUAUCGUCAGGUGGCGUAUUGUCCGCGUGGAUGUCGGCGUUCGCAAAGCCCGGACAGGUGCUUGGCUGCGUGUAUGAAGACCCACCGCUCUUCGCGUCCGAACUCACCCCUGCCGUCGGACACAGCAUCCGGCAGAGUUUUGCUGGUCCGAUAUUCAGGAUCUGGCACAAGUGGCUGGGCUCGCAGUGGUCCGUGGGGGACACGGACAGGAUGCAUCGCGCCAUGGCCCAGGAGCUGCCGGGCUGGAUCCCCAAGGCCAUGGCGACCAUGAUGGAGGAGACCAAGGUCGGGCCGGUGCCACCUGACUUAAAGGAGUACGACCCGGAGUGGGCGGAGGCGUUCUGGAGUGGAAGUGUGGCGGUUGGGUGCGAACACGAGAAUAUGCUGAAGCAUGUCAAAGUCCCCGUGCUUCUGACGCAUCACUACCGGAGGAUCGAUCCGCACUCAGGAGGUCUGGCGGGCGCGAUCAGCGACGCGCAGGUCGAGCACGUCAAGAAUCUUGUCGAGGGUGGUGGGAACUCAUUAACGUAUAGAAGUUUUCCCCAGAUGCCGCACUCGAUGCAUGGCCACGACCCGGCGUGCUAUGUCGCCACCGUCACCGCGUGGAUAGAGCAGAAGGGGCUUGGGAAAGCUUCGAAGCCAUCAAGUGAUCUUCCAUCGAGGGAUAAAGAUGGAAGAUAG